AGCAGAUUGACAGAUUAGAUAAACCACAUCUCUUCUACUCUAUAUAAGAGCUGCACUUUAAAGUGCGGGAGGCAGACUGACAAAUUAUUGACUGUAAUAAUAUCCUGAUAAGAGCUGAAUUUUUAAAACAUGUGUAAGGGACUCUCUUACCUGCCUUCCUCCUGCUUGGAGAGGGCAAAAGGGAUGCGAGUGAAGCUGAGCCAUCUGGCUGAGAUCCACCACAAGCAAAAGGUCCAGGAUGGAAAAAUCCUGCAAGAUCUGGAAACUCUCCUGAGCAGCAAAAUUGGCCUUCAAGCCUUUCGAGGUUUCCUGCGUUCAGAGUUCAGCGAGGAGAACCUGGAGUUUUGGCUGGCCUGUGAGGACUACAGGGUUUCUCCUUCAAAAAUGCAGAAGAUCAAAGCCAUUAGCAUCUACAACCAGUUCAUCAACCCCGACGCCCCGCUGGAGGUGAACCUGGAUGCUGAGACCCGUGAGGCUCUGCUGGCGAUGAUGGACUCUCCGUGUGCAGAAACCUUCAACAAGGCGCAGCAGAGGAUCUACAGCCUGAUGGCCAAGGACUCCUUCCCUCGGUUUCUUCGCUCUCAUCACUGCGCGGAGGCCAUAAAGGCCUUUUAAACUUUUUACCAGCUUCACAAACAAAUCUUUUCGAUGUAUCAUUUAUUCUAGCAUCUUUUUAAGUCAUGUAUGCCUUAUUACAUGCUGUUGUAACAUUGUAGCAUCAUAAUGCUUACACAUAGAUGCAAAAAUACAUCAUUUCUGAACUGCAUA